AAAAUCGAAAGGAAAAUUUCUAAUAUAAAAAAUGGAUGAGUCCGUUUUAAACACAUCAUUAUCAUCUCUACCACCCCCAGUAACAACCCCAGGUUCCGAAUAUGUACCGUAUGAUCAACGCCCUGAAACAUACAUAGUUCCGGCGCUGUUCUUCAUGAUAUUUGUGGUUGGAGUUCUCGGAAAUGGAACUUUGGUCGUUGUAUUUCUAAGACACAAACCGAUGCGAAAUGUACCAAAUACAUAUAUUCUUUCGUUGUCUUUGGCUGAUUUAUUACUAAUUUUAACUUGUGUCCCAUUUACUUCGACUAUUUACACGGUGGAAAGUUGGCCAUGGGGGGUUAUUUUAUGUAAAACUUCCGAGGUAGUUAAAGAUAUCUCAACGGGCGUUUCCGUUUUUACACUCACAGCUUUAUCAGCUGAAAGAUAUUGUGCUAUUGUAAAUCCUUUAAGACGAUUGCAGACGAAACCCUUAACGGUGAUGAUUGCGGUGUUAAUAUGGAUUUUAGCUAUAAUUUUAUCAAUUCCCGAUGGUAUUUUUACCGAUAUUACUUCGUACACUGAAAAUUCUUCGUCGAAUGCGAUUCACAUUUGCACCCCAUUUCCCGCAACGGUAACGACCGCUUACAAAAAAUACAUAAUUGCAGGAAAAGCGUUGGUGUUUUACAUCGUGCCGCUUUUUGUAAUCGCUUCCUUUUACAUUUUGAUGGCCAAAAAACUUCACGCGAGCGUUAACGAAAUCCCCGGUCAAUUACAGGGGCAGAGUUUAUCUCAAAUACGAGCUAGAAGAAAUGUGGCUAGAAUGGUUUUAUGUUUUGUGUUUUUGUUUUUUAUAUGUUUUCUUCCCUACCACGUCUUUUUCUUAUGGUUUUUUUUCCACCCAACGGCGGAAUCUGAUUAUAACGAAUAUUGGCACACGCUCAAAAUCGUUGGAUUUUGUUUGAGUUUUUCUAGUUCUUGUGUUAACCCAGUCGCUUUAUACUGCGUAAGUGGGGUUUUCCGACAAUAUUUUAACCGCUACUUAUUCUGCAAGGACCAAAGAAGACUGCAAAGAACGACACCUUCAUCCUUACUUGGAAAUUGCGAAACAAGUUUUAACUCAACUUACAGAAAAAACACCACGCAGGGAACGACGGUCGAAUCUUUUUGUAUAAAGCGUAAAAACACGAUUUUGACGAACAAAAAAUGUUGUGAAUCAACGAUUGUUCGCAUGAAACCACUAAGUAAUGUCAAAAAUAAGGAAGUUAUUGGAAAAAAUAAGAUUGUGUUGAAAGAAAUUGGAAUAAAUAAAAUGUACGAUUUUGUGGGUGAUUAA